CGAUGGUCAAGAAUUUUGGUUUCCUCAGACACAACCCCAACCCAGAGAAUUGGGACAUGAGUUACUGAAACCUUACAUUAGGCGCUUCCCAAACAUGUCCCGAAAUAGGUGUGGUCAAGAGCAUGGCCCGGCAAUAGAGCUGGCGCAGCCGCCUGACGUUCAACGAAGUGACACCACUCCAGCUCCAGCUCCGGCUUCAGGAGAACUGGUACAUCCGACCGCUGCCGGUGUUACCUCGUCUGAUGGACGGCGUAAUUUAGGCCACGACGACCUCCAGGGACGUCGAUACGAUGCUGGCCACGUCGAUGAUGUUGCUUGUUCUAAGAAGACCGAGAAGAGCAAAGCAGGUGGAUGGCAGGGUUUUUGGAAUUACGUCCGUGCUCUCCGAAGGAAGAAAGCGACAUCUGCGUCCGUGGGCGGAAAGAAGGGAGAGGAAGACGAAGUGGGUAACGUCGAGGAUGACCAUUGGCGUACAGUUCAAUGUCGCAUUCAGCAGCGCCAUCAGCCGCUCACAAGCUCCAUGAGCAUCUAGCGCUUCGAUACUAUAUUAG